UUGUGAAAUCACUGACCAUCGAAUACACAAGGCAACAAUCUGGUAGAAAUGAACAAGGAACCACAGGAAUGCGAAGCAGCACCAAAUGGACAGCUCUCGGUGCCUCGGAGAUUGAUAAGGCGUCUCUAUCAUGCCAUUAUCUUGUUCGCCAUUGCCGUUGUUGCGUACAACAACGUGUUAGGGACGUUCAGCGUGGCGCCUCGUCAGGUCACCGAACCCACGACUGAAACGGAUCCAACGAAACCAAGGUUUCCUGUUGUGCUGAUAUGGAACGCAUUCUACGGUAAUUUCGCGACUAAAUACUUGACGCAAGAUAGAGCAGAUAAGUGUCCUCAUCGCUGUAUCUUCACCCGUGAUCGUUCAAGGGCUAACGAAAGCGCCGCUAUUGUAUUUCACACACAGAAUUUCAAAGCGGAUGAGCUUCCUUACAGACGAAGUGAAAAACAAAUCUGGGUGCUUUUCGGAAUGGAAUCACCAGUCCACACUUACCGCGCGAUUCUUGCGUUGAACGGCCGCAUCAACUGGACGCUCAAUUACCGCCGCGACUCCGAUAUCCCGUUCCCGUACGAAUACAACUUCGUCAGGCUUAGCAGGAAAGGAAACUACUCCUUGGAACGUACGCUGAACAAGACACGGAUGGCUGCGUGGUUUGUGUCUCACUGUGAUAGUCCCAGUGGCCGAUCAAUGUUUGUGAAGGAGCUUCAGAAAGUGAUCGACGUCGACAUCUACGGCAGCUGUGGCACACGCAGGUGUCUUCCACCCGGAAGUGGCGAAUGCUACGAGGUGCUCUCCAGCAAGUACUACUACUACCUCUCAUUCGAGAAUUCUCUGUGCCGAGAUUACGUAACGGAAAAGUUCUACAGCGUGCUCGGCUAUGAUGUCGUGCCCGUAGUCAUGGGAUACGCAAACUAUUCUGCCUUUUCCCCGCCUGGCUCGUAUAUCGAUGCCCUAUCAUUUGACUCGCCUCAGCAAUUGGGGGUUUAUAUGUGGAGAACCGUGCAUGACUGGGGGAACUACAGUUCCUUUUUCGAUUGGAAGCGAGAGUACAAGGUUUACACUGACAGGCUUCAAGCGGCGUGCCGUCUAUGUGAGAAGAUCUACAGCUAUGACUACCAAAUUAAGGUCUAUACGGAUAUAGAGAAGUGGUUCUUCGAGGGUGGAAAAUGUUGGAGUUGGAAACCGAACAUGCGAAAACCACUACUAGACGAGCAAUGGAAUGUGACACCCGUCCCCUUCAACGAUGAAAGAUGGUUGCUGUAGAAGGGAAUAUUGUUAUUGUUAUAGUUGCAUAAUUAUCUUGGACUCGUUGAAAGUAAA